GAGGCACGCUGCUGGCGGCGGGAAGGGAAGCCGCGGAUGUCGAGGAUGGUGGAGGGACCAGGGAAAAGGGGUGAUGUGAGAGGGAGUAGAGGGGAAGCCUACCAGCUGCGGUUUUAUUAUUGUCAAAGAAGAGUAAGAUAUUAAAAGCGCGGAGAGAGGAGCCAGAUGUCUGCGGGAGAGGGGACGGCAGAGUGUUCCAAAUAGGGCAGCAGGCAAUGCCCAGAGCCUGGGGGCCCCUCUGUGAGGCCCCACCCCUGGGCCCCCAAGCCUAACUGUCUUCUGAACAAACCUUUUCUGUUGGGUUGUUUAUCAAACUUGGGGGUAGCAUGUUUGUGGAGGGGGGAACCCCUCACUGUAGAGGGGCUGUUCUCAGUCCCAGACUGCGGGAAGGCCUUGUCUGAGGGGCCAAUGGGCGUCCUGGCUUCCCUUCCCAUUGCCCCAUGACAGCAGCGCGAUGUCGGCAGGAGGCUUGGACAAUCCCACUUCCCCCCACUACCACCACCCCCGCCUGAGGUCUGGGCCCCUUGACCCUGCAGGCCUGUGACAGCCUGAGAGCUGGCUGGGGUGUGCACCGUUUCUCCUUGCAUUCUGGUCUCCGCUCUCUCUGCCUCAGAAUCUGCCCAGAUAGGACACGAGGCUUGGCUCUCAUUAAGAGGUGACCUGAGAUGCUAGGAUCUCCUAGGCCUCUCUCCCCAGUCGGAAGCCGGCUUCUGCCUGACUGAAUAGGGUUAUCCGUUCCUUGGCUUCUGUCCAUCUCACUCUUCCUCACCUUUGUUGUCUGUCUCCAUCCCUCCUUAGUUUUGUGUGUCUGGUUCUCUCCCUCACCUUCUCUCCAUCUUGGACAUUGUGUUUCUCUGUGCUGUCUUUCUGUUUGGCUCUCUUUCCUCCCCACAGUUUUCCUUUCUCUCACAUCCUGUCUGUCUGGGUCUUUCCCUGUAAGUGUCUCUUGCUCAAUUUCUUAUCUAUUUAUCUCGACCACUCUUUGAUUCCUGGUCUCUAAUCACUGCCUUUUGAUCUCUGGAUCUCUUAGACUGGUGAGUAGGGGUGAUGGAGGUUAUGAUCACAAAACUAAGAAACACCUUAUGAGCUAUAACAACUAACAGAGUUUUAUCUUUUACAAAAGGGACAAUUACAAAAUUGUCCUUUUACAAAAAGGACAAUCUCUCCUCUUCUCUCCACCCUUCUCCUGCCCUCCCCUCUCCUUCCCUUUCCCUUCUUCCCUCCCCUCUCCUCCUCUCCCAACUCAGGGUCUCUCAGCGUGUGCUCCUUUGACUCAGUUUCUGCUCUUAAUUUAGUGUGUUUCUCCCUCGCUGUCUCUUAGUUCCUGGAUGGGUCUCUUGCACUGUCUGUUCUGGUCUUACUUGCUGUCAUUUUUCCUCUCAGGAGCUCUGACUCUGGGCCUGACUCAACCUAAGUUUCUCUCACACACUCUCUCUGGCAGGCCUUCCCUGCCAUGCGACCUGUCAAUCCCUGGCAGUGGAGCCCAUUGGGGCUGCUGCUAUGCCUGCUGUGCUGCUCGUGUCUGGGAUCUCCAUCCCCAUCCACAGCCCCAGCGAAGAAGACUGGGAGCCAGGGGCUGCGGUUCAGGCUGGCUGGAUUCCCCAGAAAGCCCUUUGAGGGCCGAGUGGAGAUACAGCGAGCUGGUGAAUGGGGCACAAUAUGUGAUGAUGACUUCACACUUCAGGCCGCCCAUGUCCUCUGUCGGGAACUGGGCUUUACAGAGGCAACAGGCUGGACCCACAGUGCCAAAUAUGGACCUGGAACAGGCCGCAUCUGGCUGGACAACCUGAGCUGCAGUGGGACUGAACAGAGUGUAAAUGAAUGUGCCUCCCGGGGCUGGGGAAACAGUGACUGUACCCAUGAUGAGGAUGCUGGGGUCGUCUGCAAGAACCAGCGCCUCCCCGGCUUCUUGGACUCCAAUGUCAUCGAGGUAGAGCAUCACCUGCAAGUGGAGGAGGUGCGACUUCGACCUGUUGUUGGGCGGGGCAGGCGACCCUUGCCCGUGACAGAAGGACUCGUUGAAGUCAGACUCCCCGACGGCUGGUCGCAAGUGUGUGACAAAGGCUGGAGCGCCCACAACAGCCACGUGGUCUGCGGGAUGCUGGGCUUCCCCAGCGAAAAGAGGGUCAACACGGCCUUCUACAGAAAGUUGAGGAAGCGAGCGGCCAAAGCAUCGGCCCGACGCCCCAAGUCCCUUGGAAGACCAAUCACCAAACUUAAAGUCAUACCCAAACCCCGAAUGGGCAGGGGGCCAAUCAAGAGGCUGCUGGCCCAGCGGCAGCAACACUCCUUUGGUCUGCAUGGGGUGGCAUGCAUGGGCACGGAAGCCCACCUCUCCCUCUGCUCCUUGGAAUUCUAUCGAGCCAAUGACACCACCAGGUGCCCUGGGGGGGCCCCUGCAGUGGUGAGCUGUGUGCCAGGCCCUCUCUACGCAGCAUCCAGUGGCCAGAAGAAGCAACAACAGUUGAAGCCGCAGGGGGAGGCCCGAGUGCGUCUAAAGGGUGGGUCCCAUCCUGGAGAGGGCCGAGUGGAAGUUCUGAAGGCUGGCACAUGGGGCACAGUCUGUGACCGCAAGUGGGACCUACAUGCAGCCAGUGUGGUGUGUCGGGAGCUGGGCUUUGGGACGGCUCGAGAGGCUCUUAGUGGUGCCCGCAUGGGACAGGGUAUGGGUGCCAUCCACUUGAGUGAAGUUCGAUGCUCUGGACAAGAACCCUCCCUCUGGAGGUGCCCCCACAAGAACAUCACAGCUGAGGAUUGUUCCCAUAGCCAGGAUGCAGGCGUUCGAUGCAACCUGCCCUACACUGGGGUAGAGACAAAGAUCCGACUCAGCGGGGGCCGCAGCCGACAUGAAGGGCGAGUCGAGGUGCAAAUAGGAGGACCUGGGCCUCUUCGCUGGGGCCUCAUCUGUGGGGAUGACUGGGGGACGCUGGAGGCUAUGGUGGCCUGUAGGCAACUUGGACUGGGCUAUGCAAACCAUGGCCUGCAGGAGACCUGGUAUUGGGACUCAGGAAACAUAACAGAGGUAGUAAUGAGUGGAGUGCGCUGCACAGGGACGGAGCUGUCCCUGGACCAAUGUGCUCAUCACGGCAUCCACAUCACCUGCAAGAGGACAGAGACCCGCUUCACUGCUGGAGUUAUCUGUUCUGAGACUGCAUCAGAUCUGCUGCUGCACUCAGCAUUGGUGCAGGAGACGGCCUACAUUGAGGACCGGCCCCUCCACAUGUUGUACUGUGCUGCAGAGGAGAACUGCCUAGCCAGCUCAGCCCGCUCAGCCAACUGGCCUUAUGGCCACCGGCGUCUGCUCCGAUUCUCCUCCCAGAUCCACAACCUGGGACGAGCUGACUUCAGGCCCAAAGCUGGGCGCCACUCCUGGGUGUGGCAUGAGUGUCAUGGGCAUUACCACAGUAUGGACAUCUUCACUCACUAUGAUAUCCUGACCCCCAAUGGCACCAAGGUGGCUGAGGGCCACAAAGCUAGCUUCUGUCUAGAAGACACUGAGUGUCAGGAAGAUGUCUCCAAGAGGUAUGAGUGUGCCAACUUUGGAGAGCAGGGCAUCACCGUGGGUUGUUGGGAUCUCUACCGACAUGAUAUUGAUUGUCAAUGGAUCGACAUCACAGAUGUGAAGCCAGGAAACUAUAUUCUGCAGGUGGUCAUCAACCCCAAUUUCGAAGUAGCAGAGAGUGACUUCACAAAUAAUGCAAUGAAAUGUAACUGCAAAUAUGAUGGACAUCGCAUCUGGGUGCACAACUGCCACAUUGGUGAUGCUUUCAGCGAAGAGGCCAACAGAAGGUUCGAGCGCUACCCUGGCCAGACCAGCAAUCAGAUCGUCUGAGGUGCCACCACCUCCUCGGCAAACCACCACUGGCCCCUAAUAGUAGGGGUCUGAGGCUGCCAUUACCUCAGGAGCUUACCAAGGAACCCUAGAUGUCAGCAGGCCCAAGCAAAUAUGUGCUAUGGAUAUGGAACUGCCAAGCAGAGAUCUGUGCUCCCAGGCCCAGCAUCAAGUCGAGCACACCAAAACGACAGCAGCAGCUGGUUUUCUUGAAUAGGGAGGUCAAGAUGGUCAGCUCCAGUAUCCUCCUCUCAGUGCAGGUGGGAUACAGCUUUACCUCUAGCCUUUUGGUGGGGGAAAAGAUCAGCCCCCACUCCCAAUUUUUGACUAUAACAUGUUGCUAGGUAUAAUUUUAUUUUAUAUAAAAAGUGUCUUUGCGAUUCUUCAGAGCCCAGGGGUUGGUGCUGGUGGUUGCAGGGCCCUGCCCCCAACUGGUUCAUUUAACCCUCUGUCCAGGUGCGCUUAGAGCCUAGGCCAGAAAAGCAACAUAGGAAUUAUAGCAGGAGCCUCAGACUCUUACUGAUCCAUUCAUUCUGUGACCUCAGGGGUCACAUAUAAGGUCAGUGUUUCUGGUCCCCGCCGGAUCCGCACUGCCAGCUGGGAUUGAGUUCGAACGGCCUCAUAAAUAUCUUCAGCAUUUUGUACCAACUGCUCCCCAAUGGCCAAGAUCACAUCACCUGGCCGAAGACCAGCCCUAUGGUGAAAGAUGAACAGAAAGAAAAGAAGGGGUAGACUACAGCCCAGUUCAAGGGCAUAUACACACUGUACCCAGCCCAUCUCACAGUGCAGUUUUUCCCUCACCGGUGUGCAGGGGAGUCCAGGAUGACUUUAUGGAUAAGCACGCCAUGCUGAACAUCAGGAAAGCUUGGUUCUCGAAGCUGUAGUUCAGCAAGGAUGCUGAAAGGACACAGAGCACCCUGUUAACCACACCAAGAGUACUCUUCCCAUCUUGGGUUCACCUCAAAUCUCUCAUCAACACAUGAUGACUGUAUGGACAGGAUGUAUGUUAGAUAUUCCAGAUACAAAGGCAAUUCCCUUUCUGCCUUCUGGCCAUGAAGAAAUGAGGUGUAAAGGUAACUAAUUCCAAGUGACACAUGAUGUUAAAUCAAUAGCACUAAUGUCAUUCUACAAUCCCAACAGGAACUUUCAGAAGGGAGUGAAGUAGAACUUAAGCUAGAUGGCAUCUACAAGGAUGGGUCUGAUAUUUAACUACAUAAAACAAAAACGGCAUAAAUAAAAUCACGGGGGUAGGAAAUACUCCCAUAGGUUGGAAUUCAGAUUGGCUGAAACAAUCUGGAAAGCUGAAAUAGAGACAAAAGGAAAAUGGCCCUUAAACACCAGGCUAAUGGACUGCAGUCAAAGCAGUAACAGCCUGAAAUCAAUCUGGUGGCAGGUGUGCAAAAUGCAGUGGGUUGAGAAAGUCACAAUGAUGAAAGAGGACAGCUCCUCUGAAGCAACUCCUGAUAGAAAUGAGAACACAGCUCAGCAGAAGUGCCAGUUUUCCCCACUCAUUACACUUGUGGCCCUACAUGUCACUACCCCUAAAGCUCAUACCUGGGAGUCAGAGUCAGCAUCAUCACCCCAAUGUAGCGGCGUUGGGACCCACUGGUUCCAAACCACGAAUCUGUAACAGAGGGACAAAUGAGAUCCUCCCAGCUGUCUCCUUUCUUCCCCUCCCUCUUCUCCAAUGGACCCCCUUUAAUAAGGCCCAAUAAAUACUUUCCCACCAUACAAAGGAACCCCAUCCCCCCUAAAGCCAGGCUCACUCUUCUUUUCACCGCGAUGCAGAAAUUCUCGAAGGCGAUCAGAAGGGAUGGCAAAGGAAAUUCCAGCUGUGACCUUCAUGGUGUUCACCCCGAUCACCUCCCCAUCCUGCAGGGACAGAGCCCACUAUUCCCUUAGCCCACACAAACAGAAGGAGAUGGGGGAGCACCUGUACAAGGAUAGCAGCAAGUACUAGGGAAAUGGGGAGGUUGGAUUCUGGGAGCUAGCCAACAACAGACUGCUUAGAUACUUAACCAAACAUUGUUGAAUUUGGAAAAACCCAUGCCAUCCCACACUGACCUGGGGCCAGGAUUCUUGGAAAGAAGAUUGUCCCACUCACCAGGUUAACCAGGGGACCUCCAGAGUUUCCAAACUGCAGGAUGAGGAAAAAAUAUGGAAGAGAUCCAGGGACUCUAUGCCUUAGGGAUUUAUCAGGAUCUAGGCACAUUCUCCAAAUAAUCUCGAUUCCAACACAUGAAUGAGUGGCCACAUUUUUGCAGCCCAAUCUCUGUAUAGGCUCAUCCACCAUCUACCUCAGUUGAUGCCCAUACACAGCCCCUCCCCCAGCCUAGCAUAUCAUUUUUCACAUCAGGACGUACAUCAAUAGCUGCAUCAGUCUGGAUGUACUCCACAUUAGUUUGGGGGAGGCCGAGGUCUCUGGCUGGACGCUGAGCAGAGCUGACUAUCCCGGAUGUGAUGGUGUUCUGCAGUGCAAAGGGACUUCCCAUGGCAACAACAAACUCCCCUUGCCGGACAUCUGCUGAGCGUCCCAGGGGAAGAGUGGGGAGAGGCUCCUAAAGGAAAAUGAGUACAAGAGUCCUGUCAUCCAGAGAUACAAGAAAACUCACAGCAUCAACCAAACCCGGCCUCCCAGAACCCCACCUUAGUCUGAAUCCUCAGCGUGGCGAUGUCUGCCACGGGAUCCACAGCUGUGACCAUGGCCUCAUACGUGUCUCCACUAAGCAGCCUCACACGGACUCGGCGCCGAUCAGCCACCACAUGGGCGUUGGUAACGAUGAGCCCGUCGGCAGCCACCACGAAUC